AUGGGAGCGGACCAGGAGCGAGCCUUUCAGAAACUCAAAGAAUGUUUAAUCAGCACACGGGUUCUACGACCACCAAUCAAGGGCGAACCCCUCUAUCUAUAUACGACGUUUACCAGUUUGGCAGUCGGAGCACUGCUAGCUCAGGACCUUCGCAAUGAUCAGCUAUGUCCAAUUCAUUACAUCAGUAGAGGAUUUAGAGACGCAGAGUUCAGAUAUUCGAAAGCGGAACAAGCAUGCUUGGCUCUCAUAUAUGCUACACAGAAAUUACGAUCAUAUUUGCUCGCUCAUGAGACCAUAGUAGUGGCAACUGCUAAUCCGAUCGCUUAUCUAUCCACGAAGCCAGUUUUAUCCGGAAGAACAGCUCGAUGGCUACUAACGUUGUCUGAGUUUGAAUUGAAAUAUCAGCGACCCAGAGGAGUUCGCGGGCAAGCAUUUGCGGAUCUACUAGCCGCGUUUCCGGGAACUGACAUGAUGGGGAUAAGUGAAGAAACACCCGGAGAAGUCGCAGAAGUUGAAGAAGAAGAACGAUGGGCAAUAUUUUUUGAUGAAUCAUCGUAUGGCUCUCACGGAGGAGCCGGUAUAGUCUUUGAAACACCCAAGCGUGAUUUAUUAUCAUUUGCAUUCAAGCUAUAUUUCGAGUGCAGCAAUAACGUAGCGGAAUAUGAAGCACUAAUCUUAGGGCGACGAAUGGCGGAAGAACUUAACUUGGGCGCGAUAGACAUAAAAGGAGAUUCAAAACUUGUUACAAACCAAGUAUCGGGGGAAUUCCAUGUAAAAGAAGCGCACUUAGCUCCAUACCGGGCGGAAGUCCAAGAAUUGAUAGCAAAAAUAGGGAGUACUGUCAUUCAACACACGGCGAAAACCACUAAUCGCCAUGGUGACGCAUUAGCCACUCUAGCAACAAAAAUGUGA